AUGCUCCCACCCGCCAACCCGCCAGCCGCAGCCCCGAAACCACGCGCAAAGCGACAGAAAAAGACUACGCCCACGGAGACACCAUCUGGAAUAGAGGAUGCUUCUCCAGCCGUGGACGGUGCCCAAGAAAACGAUUCGAGCACGACGCCCGCCGCGAAACCAAAGAAGCCCAGAGCCCCAAGAGCUAAACGUGCACCAAAGUCGGCCGCAACAAUCGUGGAAGAGGAGAACGAAAACAUCGUCGAGGCAGAGGAAUCCGCCCCUCGUCCUGUGCCCAAGCCGAGGAAGCCUCGUCAGAAGAAGAAGCAACCACAAAACACUGGGGGGGAAGAUGGAACUACUGGCCAGGAAGACCCAAGCGACGAUCCAGCGAACCACGAAAUUGAUGUCUCGGAAACAACCAUGUUUGAACUCACCAAGGACAGAGGCCUGGGCAAAGUAUCAGAAAGAGAGACGAAGAUGGCUGCCAUAGAUUGGGACGAGGUACAUAGAAAGAGAGUGGCAGAAGCGGAAGCAAUUCGGGACGGCAUCGACCCUACUACUCUGAAUACCAACAUCCAGCCAACCGAGAACAACGAAGGCGGUGAAGGUGGGGAGGGCGAGAACACUGAAGACGCACCUCGACCAGCGCCGGUCGUGACUGGACCCCGACUACGUCUAGAUGCCGAGGGAAACCUGGUUGUUGACGAAGACAGUUUGCGUAUCGAUCGUCAAGCACAAGCCGAGCGCAACGCCGAGAAUUUGGUUGUAACCGAAAAUGACGACUUGACCAAACGAGUAAACCAGAUGAGCUGGAUCAACGAACGACGACGUGAUCCCACUGACCGCGUGCCAUUCUUCAAGAUGAAGUCUGACCCGUGGAGCGAUGAGGAGACAGACCGAUUCUACGAGGCUCUUCGCAUGUUUGGUACUGACUUUUUCAUCAUUUCGAAGAUGUUCCAACCCAAAACUCGUCGCCAAAUCAAGCUCAAGUUCAUUCGCGAAGAACGUCUUGAUCCCGACCGUGUGAAUCGUGUCUUGGCUGGCGAAGCAGUCCCUAUGAAUCUCGAAUCGUUCGCGGAGGCUACUGGUCAGGAUCUCGGAGGUUUCAAAGACCCACGCGAGCUGGAAGAAGAAAUGAGAGUUGAGGGAGAAGAGCAACGCGUGGAGAUCGCACGUAAAAAGAAGGAGAUGGAAGAGGCCAAGGAGCAAAGGGAUAUCCAAAUGGCUGCCAGAGAGAAGGACCAAGAGGAACGUGCAGCACAGAGACGCGAGAAGGCAGCCAUGCGCCAAAACAAGCGCAGAGGAAUCUUGGGCACAGGUACCUUCUAA